GGGUCUGCGGAGCGGCCCUGAGGACAGACGUUGGGCGGGGGGGGAGGGGCCGGCCCGGCCGGCGGUUGUUACUCGAGCGCCGCGGCUACAGGCCCCCCGCCGCAGGGAUGGACCGCCAAGGCGGCGGUCGGGGCGGCGGAGGCGGAGGCGGCCGGCCAGGAUAAGAUGCUCCAAGUCAGUUGCAGCUCUCCUCAGAAGAAAAGUCACUAGUGCUCUGCUCUUGCCAUAAUACCAAACCUUCUGACCUAAGCUUUGGUGCUGCCACACUGGAAGAAUCACACACAGGUUCCAGGAAUACCUUUUUUUUUUUUUUUUUGAGUGAUUCUUUGUGGAUGGAAAAAGAUUUGAGUCUUAAUAAUUACCCUGUUUUAAAGCUAUUUCUCUACAGUCUGAUCUGCGUUCUGCAUCGGGCCACUCACCCAUGAGCCACGCAGCCAGCUCUCGCCAGGAGCAGGUGGAAAGCUGCGCCGUGCAUGCAGCAGGGAUGGCCCAAGAAGAUAGCCGUCGGGCUCCAGUGCCAUCUGCCUUUUAUCAUGGUGCCAACCAAGAACUUGACCUGUCCACCAAAGUGUACAAAAGGGAAUCGGGAAGUCCUUACUCUGUGUUAGUGGACCCCAAGAUGAGCAAGCCCCAUCUCCACGACGCCGAGGAACAGCCGUAUUUCAGGGAGCCGAGGGCCGUGUCUGACGUGCGCGCCGUUAAGGAAGACCGGGAGAACUCUGAUGACACGGACGAGGAGGAGGAGGAGGAGGUUUCUUACAAAAGGGAGCAGAUCAUAGUGGAGGUAAACCUUAAUAACCAAACAUUAAAUGUGUCUAAAGGGGAAAAGGGUGUCUCUUCUCAGUCCAAAGAGACUCCUGUUCUUAAGACAAGCAGCGAGGAGGAGGCGGAGAGUGGGGAAGAAGCCACCGACGACAGCAAUGACUGCGGCGAGAACAGGAGGCGGAGGAAGGAGAGGACAGCAGAGAAGGCCAGCGUCCCACACAGGAGAGCCAGGAGGGCCGGCUCCGCGGCCGCGGCCGCCACUUCCCCGACUCCCAGGACCACAAGAGGCCGUAGGAAGAGCGUAGAGCCGCCGAAGCGCAAGAAGCGGGCUGCCAAGGAGCCCAGAGCGCCCGUCCAGAAAGCUAAGUGUGAAGAGAAGGAGACUCUGACCUGUGAGAAGUGCCCCAGGGUGUUUAAUACUCGCUGGUACCUGGAGAAGCACAUGAACGUUACUCACAGGCGCAUGCAGAUUUGUGAUAAGUGUGGCAAGAAGUUUGUCCUGGAAAGUGAGCUGUCCCUUCACCAGCAAACAGACUGUGAAAAAAAUAUUCAGUGUGUUUCCUGUAACAAAUCUUUCAAGAAACUCUGGUCCCUUCAUGAACACAUCAAGAUCGUCCAUGGAUAUGCAGAAAAGAAGUUUUCCUGUGAAAUUUGUGAGAAGAAAUUCUAUACCAUGGCUCAUGUGCGGAAACACAUGGUUGCACACACGAAAGACAUGCCAUUUACAUGCGAAACCUGUGGAAAGUCAUUCAAACGCAGCAUGUCCCUCAAGGUGCACUCCUUGCAGCAUUCUGGAGAGAAACCCUUCAGAUGCGAGAACUGUGACGAAAGGUUUCAAUACAAGUACCAGCUACGCUCCCACAUGAGCAUCCACAUUGGGCACAAACAGUUCAUGUGCCAGUGGUGUGGCAAGGAUUUCAACAUGAAGCAGUACUUCGACGAACACAUGAAAACACACACUGGAGAGAAACCCUUUAUCUGUGAAAUCUGUGGCAAAAGCUUCACCAGCCGCCCCAACAUGAAGAGGCACCGCAGAACUCACACAGGCGAGAAGCCCUAUCCGUGUGACGUGUGUGGCCAGCGAUUCCGCUUCUCCAACAUGCUUAAGGCCCACAAGGAGAAGUGCUUUCGGGUGACCAGCCCCGUGAAUGUGCCGCCUGCUGUCCAGAUCCCACUCACAACUUCCCCAGCCACCCCAGUUCCUUCUGUGGUGAACACACCCACGACCCCCACCCCCCCGAUCAGUAUGAAUCCUGUGAGCACUCUCCCCCCCCGGCCCAUCCCCCACCCCUUCUCACACCUCCACAUCCACCCACACCCUCACCACCCCCACCACCUCCCGAUCCCUCCGGUCCCUCACCUCCCCCCACCUCCAGCUCUCUUUAAGAGCGAGCCUUUAAAUCAUAGAGGCCCGGGUGAGGACAACUUCCUGCGGCACCUGGCCGAGAAGAACAGUUCAGCACAGCAUCAUUAACAUCCAUCUCCUUAAGUGUGUUCUCCACGAGUUGUGUGCCCGUGUGUGAGUUUGCAGAGAGGGAGUUGGUGAGCAUUUCUGUCGCUGUCAGACGCUCCUCAGCCUCCACCAAGAGCUUUGUCAUUGUCUUGGUGAAUCAACACAUCCAAGGGAAUGAACGCGAAGACCACCUUGAGCUCACGGAGGGAACUGUCAUCUAAACCAGGGGAACCACCGAACUAAAGCCCAAUUUGCUUGCAUUUUCUGGUGACUUUUAUAAAUUUCAAAUACUCAGACUUGUGGAAUUUUAUAAUUUCAUAUCAGCUGAUGAGGUAUGCUUGCUUUUAUAUCCCGGACUUCUCCUCAAAGAGGGGACAGGCCUGGUUUCCUUUGUACUAAUCGGGAAGGCUGUGAGAUUAAUCCAGAGCAUUAAUUGUAUCACUGUGUAUCGUAACAAAUUCUUUUCAGCUUUUGGUGCUGGCUUCAGAAUGGGGCCGGCCGUGUUUCCCAGUAUACCCAGCAUUAUAGAGAAAGACGGGAAGUUUCUUCUUUGUGUAGCUCUCCUAACGCACUCUUUAUUUUACUACAGAAAUUAUUUUAGAGUUUUUGUAUGGACUUCUUUAGUGGUCUGUUUCUAAAAUGAAAUGUAUUUCAAUAAGCGGUGUAAUUUUUUCAGUGUAGCUGGGCCUAUGUUGUAAAAUAGAAAAAAAAAUUUUUAUAAUCAUCAAAAUGUGAUUCUUAAAGAUGCAUAUAACUUCUAUAGUUCAAAGUUAUUCUUACAUCCGUACAACUCAAAGGUGCUUCAGAGACUAGCUGUAUCUGAGAGGGUCUGCAGACACCAGGUUACUGCACGGUGAGGUUUUGCUUGCAGAGCUUGACGUAAGUCCUUGCUGGCUGUGCAGAUCUCUGCAUCACCCUCAAGUGUCCGUGCGUUAGGCUUGUUGACAUGCUCCUGUCCUCCGCGUUUCACUUGUGGGGUCAUCGCAUUAAAUGGAACGAUUGGCAAGGAGCUGGAUCUUUCCCAGGGAAGUCACCUAAAGCUUGCGGGUUUUAAAACUCUGAGUCAAGCUGUUCACCGUCAGGAGGAGGAAGCGGGGGGGGGGGUGUCCUCAGUCAUGUCUGUCUCUCGCUGUCCCCAGAGCUUGCCCGUGUUCCACCUGUGGCGACGACAAAUGGAAGUCUUAUGAUACACUGCUCGUUUUGAGGUUGCUGUGUUUUUCUAGAAUCGUUGUGACAAGAUAAAAUAGUACACUAAAAUCACAAACAUGAUGUUGCUGACAGUAGCUGAGAAGUUGGCAUGAGAACAAAUUGACUGUGAGUUUUCAAAUGUCUCUUCAUCCACGGGUAUAUCCACAACUUUGAGCUAUUCUAUCACAGUCUAAAUUGUAGCGAGGGAAAGAAAACUCCUACAUUUUGCUGCCCCGUUCGCUGCAGGUAAUUAUGUGACGCAGUGUUGACAGGUGGUGAGAGCAGCGUCUCUAACACCUUUAAGACAGGUCACUUUUCCAGGUUUGUGAAGCUUCGAGAGAGCACGAUCAAUCAGGAGCUUAUAUAGGAAAGGCUGAAGAGAAGGGCUAACCUAUUGCUCGUAUUUAACUGAUCGGAUUUCUCCAGACUCAGUAUAGCUAAAAAUUGUGUUGUUGUUUUUUUCCUCCGUCUCAGAGAACUGAGUUCCAAAGCUAGGUCUGCUUUCUUUCUCUCUCUCCCUCUGUGUUUUAAUCUGUACAUUUCUUCAUUUUUCUUUCUUCAGGCUCUUAGAUCGUUGCCUGAAUCAGAACCCUGGCUUUUAUUUAUUUUUAAUUUUUAAUAUUAAAUGUGCAGAUAUGCUUCAAGCACUUUUCUGGCUGAUUAGCUCUGUGGUAGGAAAAAAUGGAACUCUCAAGUGAGGUCAAGUCCCUGUUUUGUAAAUACCACGUUCUCUACUAGCUUUUUGGUUUAAAAUUUCCACACUUUUUCCUUUUGAUUAUUGCCUUUUUCCUCUUCUAUGAUGAGCAUAGGAAAAUUUUGGAAUGAGGCAGAAAAGUAGCCCAAGACCUACUUUUCUUCCUGUUUGUGGAUGUAAUUUCUAAAGAAUGUUAUUUUAAAUCUUUGUAUACGGUUUUUGGACACCCGGGUACCCAAACCGAUGAGGAAAGUUAGUUUCUUGUUUGUGACCAUUAUUUCUUUAGUGGCUGCCUCCUCGUACUCCACAAUCUCCUUCCCAUUCCAUGAAAAGUUUGUGGAUGGAUCUACACCUUCAUGUAGACGUAUCAUUACUUAAUGGCCAAGCCUAUAAUAUUAAGAUGGUUUUUUUAAAGAUGUAAAUUGCAACUUAAUUAAUUGGUUAUAGUACCUUAUUUUAUUCUACAUAAAUUUACCAUAUUGGGCAGCAAUUCUGAAUUCCAGACUUGAGACCAUUAAAUCAACCAUUUUAUGAAGUGUACUAUAAUUAUACACUGGAAAAUUCAGGUAGUCAUAUUUGAUUUUUUUCAUCCAAGUGAAUAUAGCCAUAAGAAAAUGCCUACUACAUAGGAAAACCAGUAUUAAGCAAAUAAUCACCACCACCCUUAACAGAAGCAAAAAAAGGAUUUUUUUUUUUUUUUAGAUCAGCAUUGUCACAUAAUACAUUUCACAGUGAAAUGUAUUGUGGAACAAUCUGGAAACCUCUAAUUUUUUUUUUUCCCUAGAUAAGUAUUGCCUUCCCUGACUUGGGAUUUGUGGUCUUCAGGAACACUGCUCAGAACGUAAUGACUCCUUAUCAGUGUCAUAUCACAUAUAAAUGAUGAAAUGCAUUAAGAAUAUUUGCAACAUUCAUGCUUCUAAAUACAAGAACUGCAGGAUUAAGCCUUAAACAUAUAUGUGCAUCAGGUUUAAUGUGCUUAAGACUCAAACUCAGGGUUGGAAAUUUGAUUGGGGUCCUUCACUAGGAUGAAAGUUGCAUUCUGUGGUGUGUUCCCUCCGACAUGUGACUUCAGAACUUCAUGCCUGCUUGCUAUCUGUUUAUGAAAAAAGGAACCAUGGAGGAGUUUGAGUUCUCAGCCCUUCUCUGUCCUUCGUCUUUUAAAGACAAACAGAGGCCACGUUUCAGCGUUAUAUAGAUAUCCAAUUGAGGCUUUUUCUCAUUACUUAAUUUUACUGUCCUCAAAGGCUUGUAUCAUUGGUAGGGUUAAGGCAUACUCGAGGAAAAUUCCCCAAGGACUUUCUUGAGCUGACAUUGCUUUUUUUUUUUUUCUUUUUCUAUGCUUUUCUCGUAGAUUUAUCAUUCAAAUAUGAACUCUUCCUUAGCCUUAACGAAAGGCUGCUUGCUGCUUUCUCAAAUUGAGUCAGGUAGGCUCAUACUGAGUUAGACUUUUUAAUUUGAAUGAAGAAAAUAAGAUGAAAAGUUUAAAGGCAUGUGGCUUCAUUUCCGUGUAUAUUUGUGAUUUGAUUCUUAUUUUUUAGCAAGCCGGGAGUCUCCACAUAAGACUUUAUGGAAGUUCAAAGAAAUCUUUUGCAAGUCAGUUAUGUAUACUUUCAGUCUACCAUUUACAUGAAUUGUUCUAAAUUGAUGACUGAGCAUGACCUUACCGUGGUUGUACCAUCUUUUUUAAAAACUACAUUUGUUUGGAAGUACCUUUUCAUUGUGGUUAGAGGCUCCCUAUAAUUUGAUUGUCCCUAGAAUACUAACUGAAGGCAAAAUAUGCUAAAGAAACGCUUGUCAACUGUAUUUUCUAGUUCUUGAAAUUGUUUUCAGUUCUUCUGUUUGUCGAAUGGAUAUGUGUGUUUUAUUUUUAUGUCACUGGAAGUUUUAAAUUUUGAGAAGAUCAGGCAGAAAUAGAAAUCCAUUGCCGAUGGUAUUUAUUUUCCCCAUCUUGCAGAUUUCAGUCAGUGAAACAGAAUGGUAGGUAGGGUUUUAUUGUAAAAAGAAGAGGAAGAAGAAGGAAGAAAACAGAAAUUAGGGGAAACCGUUCUGUUUGAGCUACUGUCUAGAAGAGACAACUUGUAUGACGUUGCCGAUCCACGUGACCAACAUUUUGGUGCUGUUCUAGACGGUACGGGAAGUAUUUUAAUGAAAAGGGGGAUAAGUUACAUUCAAGAAUUUUAUCAACUAUUCUACCGCGACAAAAACCGGCUCGCUUGGAAUUCUUCAGACAAUAACAUUGAGCCAACAAAUACUGGGUUUUAAUUUCUCUUUGCCUAAACCAAGAUAGGAAAUUUCCCAAGAGAUCAUUUCUUUUCAGGAAUGAAAGGUCAUUAGCCACAAGAGACAGUGGCGUUUUUAUGCAAUAAGAACAACUGAACUACCCUGCUCCUGUCAUCUGUAGCAUUUUUACUAAAUAACGAUGGCCUUCCAGCCCUGGACGCUACCUCGACAAAGCAAACCAGAGAUCCUCUCCACACUUUCUAUGGAAGCCAUACAAGUUGCCAUCAAUAUGUCCACUUUCAUAGUUCUAUACUUUUAUACUCUCUAGACUUUUUAUAGACUCUAUGAUCAGAUCUUUUUGUCUUAGAGGAUAGGUUUUGCAAGAUUCAAAGGAAAAGCAAACUCCUUGGUUGUCCCAACUUUGAAGCCUUAGCUUCAGUAAAUUUGUUUAAAGGACCAGAUAAUGUACCAUUUAAUCCAAUUCUUGAUUUAAGUCACAGCUAUUUUGCAGAGUGGCAUAUCCAGAAAACAGACUUCUCUUUCUUAUUCCCUAAGUAGAAGCUAUAUUUGUUGUAAGAAACUACUUAUAAAGUGGAUUUCUACUACCUUGUUACUCUAUGUAUUCCUUGAUAAUAUAUGUAUUGUCACAGCGUUCCUGGAGUUGUGUUUAUUUCCUUGUGACAGAUACGUGAGUCCACACUUCCCCGUGAUCCCCCCCGGACCCCCUCCCCCGCCCCGUUAGCUCACUGCAGCUCAGUCUUUCACUCUGUUCUUGAGUGCCUUCAAAAAGCCAGCAUCCUGGAACAUUCUUUCCCUGGUCUGAAUCCUACCUCUGAUUAUUUCAUUCUCCUGAGUAUUGGAAGUCACCCUUAUUCCCCAUUGGUUUGGCGCUACAAACUAGGCCCUUGGAUACGAAUUCUGGACCUAUUCCUGUUCUGUUUACCCAUGUCACUUUCAGAUUACAUUUUACACUUUUGCUUUGAUCUUAUUUCUUGACCUCUUCCAUCGCUAAUGAUGAAAGAUUUUAUCCUUACUCCUUGUUUUUUCUUCACCAGAAAUGAGAUGUUCCUUUAAAAUUAAAGGUCACUGAGCACCUCUUUGGAACAUCUUCUCCUGGUGGGUCUCCCUGAAUGCCUCCCCUUUCUGAUGAAGGGAUCCCGAAUCCUGCUGUUGCUGGCCCUGCUCUUGCGUGCCCUCUCUCUUCCAGAAACAUUCCGGAAGAUUGUACCCAUAAUUCUAGUAGAGUCAGAUGAAUUUGAAAUCGCUCUCUGGGUUGAUCAGAAGUCCUUUAUUGGUUGUUGAUCUGCCUCUCUCAUCCGCCUGUCCCUCAGAGACUUCCAGUUACCUUCUUUUCUACUUGUUCUCAUCUCAUUAAUUUUUAGAGUGUGGUUGAUACAUGUUAUAUGAAGGAUGUAAUAAGGGGGUUGCAGUGUGUGUUCUCCAUGUGAUAGGAGCACCUUCUUGAUAAACCAUUGUAGCAGUCAGCUAAUCUUUCACAGUCAGAACUGACGUGUGUGUGUGUGUCGUUGUGCAGGUCCCUUGUUCCUGUUCGGAUCUCCUCCAAAACUGAAAACAAAUAGAACUCUUUGAAAUGAGGAAAUUGGGUUGCAUUUUCUUUUCUUUAAGUGAAUGAAAGCUAAGUUGAGUAUUUUGGUCUUAGUCAAAAAUUGUUCCUUUCUGACCUAAAAUGCCAUGUCCCUUCUUCUUAAAGUUAAUAAUACUAAGUCUCAGGUUUUCAAGACUAAUAACCACACAAAGUGGGGGUCUGUGAAGGCAGCUGUUAAUAAAUUCCUAACCUUUUUUGCCUGGUGACAAUAUGUUAACUGGUGAGACAGUGCAAAAUGGGGACAAUUGGUUAUGUUUGAUAAGGAAUAAAUUCAAGACAUCUGAAGGCCUCUCCGGCUAUUUGGAAUUGAAAGACCAGUUUCCAGAAUGCAAAAAAGUAGACUACAGAAAUAAGUAACAAGAGUUUCAUGUUUUAAAUCCUUUCCACCUUAAUUUGCCUUGAUGGUCCCCGUUACUGACCUCGAAGUUUGCCUCUUUUCUUGUAACUGGCUACCUAAAGUAACCACUUUGAAAUGUGUGGCUUCUCUCUGAAGUCAGAAGCAGUACAACAGGUUGGGGAGAGGCAUGGCGGCCUCACACUUGGAGGAGCCACAUCCCUGAGACAGACUGUUCUUGUUCCAUGUCUUCUAGGAUAGGGCACGCUUGGUGUAAGUAUCAAAGGGCCCUGAGAAGUAUCUCCUCCACUUUCUAGUUCCAGGUUCCUUUCACACUGUUUGAGCUUCUCCGGUGAGAUCAGGGAUGUUACAGAUUACUUGAAAACAAUUUUGGGGACACGUAGGAAAUGGGAAUGGGGCAAGAAGGGGCAGAAGCUGAAUUUUGCUUCACUUCAGAAGGAAAUGUAAUACUCACAUUUGCUGGUUUUGAUCAGCCAGAGAGCCUCUCUCUGACUCGGAUGUGCCAAAGAAUCAAGUUGUUUCUGAAUAUCCAGCUCCCCUGAGCGAACCCAGCUUCCUCCCGGCCUGUCUUUCACAGGUGAACAGGGACUGUGUGGUCAGAAGGGCAGAGACAGAGACGUCGCAUCACAUCCUGCAGAGGACUCAAGGCUGCGUUUAAUUGCAUUUGAAAGUUGGUGGGAAAUAUUUUAUUCUUUUAGAAUCUCUAACACUCCUGGAAAUAUCCUUUCUGUGUUUGAUGAUGCAACUCAUUAGGUUUUUCCAAAAGGGAAAAAGAAAGAGACUAUGUGGCGUGGUUUAGGUGUUUACUUCUAAAGUUGUAUCCCAAAGGAUAGAUCUGCAGCCUCUGAAAGUCGGAUGAAUCCCUCAAUCUUCCCAUCAGUUUCAGUACGCAUUUUACUCAUUUCUUGCCAAGAGCUGUGUGUCUCUUCCAUCCGCAGUACUGGCUGUGUCCACAAGAGAGCAACAAAGGCCUUUAGCUUCUUUAUUCUCAAACUUUGGAAGAUCCCGCUUUUAAGUCUCUUACAGAAUAUCCUCUCUUGGCUCCGUGCUUGUUUAUAGAUCUUUGUUUUUAAGACAUUUUCCCUUAUUGCUAAGUCCAGUAGUUGCUCAACCUUCAGGAUGCAAAGACUGAUGAGUGGGUCACAGGUCCUCAUGGGUCAGGCAUCUUAAUUAGCCGCUUUAAACAACAGUGGCCCAAGAUGGAAAGCUUAGGAUCCUUCCUUGGGGGCUCGGUUGUGCAGAGCAGCAGGAAGGCAGCCCUCCUUACUUCUUUCUCACACACCCCACCAGCAGCACAGGAUGAUCACAUCUCAGAGAGGGACAAGCAGCAGGCCUGGCUCUGGAGUAGGAGAGAGGAAAUGCUUCUCCUCUCUGCUCCAGGGCAGGUCUGGCAUGCCAGGGAGCAAGUCCUGGGGGCGGGGGGGGGGGGUGGGGGGGAGGGUGUCAGACCCUGCAUCCUGACCCUUGGGAGGUCCCCAGCAGCAGCCGCUUCUCCAGGUUGGAAUUCAGUCUGUGUUCCCUCUCUGUCCGGGACUUGUCCUGCGGCUCCUGACCCUCAUCAGGGCUCUGACCUCGAGUUUGUUGUACUCACUGCGACAUCUUCCUCACAGUGAGCUGGUUGGUCAUAACUGAGGGCAAACGAUCGUCACUGUUUACCCCAUUGAGGCAGGAGUGGCCUUCUUACCAGAUCUCUGCCUGGCUCCUUCCCCCCCACCCCCACCCCAGCCCCGGCCAAGUCUGACCCACUCCCACACUUGACAAAAAGCGAAACGGAAGCUGUGAUUGGUUGAGGUAACAGGUGGCCAGGUGUAACUUGUUGGUUUUUAUUUUUGUUUUCCCCAACAAUACUGCAAUCACUUGCACUUUUCCUCAUUUCUUAAAGAAAAUCCAGUUUGCUUGCCAGGAAUUGUUUAGCGUUAGGUUUACAAAGCUUGUUGUUGAAUGUUGAACAUUUGUCCAAAGGAGUUUGACAAAACAGAAGCUGCUUGGUCCCUGUUCCGCCUGCUAGGUCCCAAGGAUUCAGGCCAUGCGGCUGGGGUACUUGUGUCAAGUCCAGAAGGGGGCAGUGUCCCUCUCCUACCUCUGCGAAGACGCAAUUGAAGGUCAAGUUGGACUCGUGUAGGGCAGGUACCUCUCUUGCUGCAAAGAAGUGUAGAGGAGUCUUUCAGUUGGGGAGGUGACAGGUAGUAAGACAGGAUCUCUUCAGAUGGGGAAGAUACUGGGGAGAGGAGAGCUCAUGGCCCCAGGGAGCUGUGGCGAGGCAGAACCACGCUCCCCCCUGCAUCUCCCAGCUAGCCUAGCUUCCCUGAGUCAUCUCUUUUCCAGCAUCCUGUCAGAUCCCUCAACGUACUGAUUUCCCCCCUUGUGUUAACUAUACCAAUAUUAUUUUUUUAGCAAUUGAAAUGCACUUUUUUAUUUCAACUCAAUCAUGAUUUUAAGUAUAAAAAAUUUAUAGACUUUUAAAACUACUUUUUUGUGUAUUUUUAACCACUCGAUGUAGCAUUGUCUAUUUUAUUCUUGUGAGACUCUGGUACAAGGCGUGCCACUUCAUGAUAUUUCCGACAUGCUGGGCCUUUGGAUGUGUAUGGUAACAAACUUAAUGCUAAUGUUCAAAGUAAAAAGAAAAAAAAAAAAGUA